AUGGCGCCAAUUCGCGUUGGUAUUAUAGGGCUUUCCCCUGGUGCUUGGGCAGCUAAUGCUCACUUACCCUAUCUGCAGAUGCCUGACUCAAAAUUCGAGAUUGUGGCUAUUUGUAACUCUUCGGUCGAAAGUGCUGCGAAGAGUGUCAAAGAUCUAGGGCUGGCAGAGGGAGUGAAGACUUACGGAAAUGUGCAAGACAUUGCUUAUGAUAAAGAUGUCGAUCUUGUUGUCUGUGCUACCCGCGUGGACCGUCACUACACGUCUAUUCUUCCUUCUCUGAAGGCUGGCAAAAAUGUCUUUGUCGAGUGGCCGCUUGGGCGGAACCUUGAGGAGGCGAAAGAGCUCCUCAUUGUCGCAAAACAGAACAAUGUCAAACUCGCUGCGGUCGGGCUCCAGGGCCGUUUUGAAGCUACCGUGGAAACCUUGAAAAGCGUACUAGCAGAGGGGAGAAUUGGCAAAGUCCUUAGCACCACAAUCACCGGUCAAGGCUUGAUUGGUGGACAAACGGAGCUUGAGUCUCAGACAUAUCUCCUGGACCGAAAUAGUGGUGGAUCCUUACUUACAAUUCCCUGCUUACAUUUGAUUGACACUGUUUGUGAAGCUCUUGGCGAGUUCUCAAGUUUUCAAUCACUCCUUUCGAACCAACGUCCUGUCGUCAAAAUUGUGAAAUCCGACGGUUCCGUUGUCAAAGAGAACACCGAGAAGACAAACCCAGACCAUGUUAUGAUCCAAGGUACGCUGAUAUCAGGAGCUGUGUUUUCAGCCUCUAUUCGGGGCGGAGCACCAUUCAAAGGAUCUCCCGGACUUGAGUGGAGUAUCUACGGCGAGAAGGGCGAGAUCAGAAUAUCGGGUCCCAAUUCCUUUAUCGAGGUCUCCGGUACAACUAGCUUUGAACUUCAUGACUUUAAUACCGAUAAAGUGGAGAAAAUCGAGUUUCAGAAAGGGACUUUUGCCGAACUGAGUCCGAUGCAUAGGAACAUGGCUCGUAUCUACGAGGCAAUUGCUGCAGGCAACAAAAGUAUUCUUUGUGAUUUUGAGGAGGCUGUGAAAAGGCACGAGUUUAUUGAGGAGGUUUACAACCAAAACCCUAUGUUUUAA